AUGUCUUCUAUCAAAGAGCUCAGUGAAAGAAUUGCUAGCAACUCAGCUAUUGUCGAAAAAUGGCUGGCUGGCAAGAAUGCCAAAGUGUCUUUCGAUCAGAAUGCGGAGGAUGAAUUUCCGGACACUGAUGGUGAGCCUGAGAUUGAAGCAGCACGGAUGGCGGUUAUAGAUGACACGAGUGCGCUUCAUGACUUGUUUCUUGGUCCACGAGAGGUUCUGGCUCGGGUUUGGGGUGCUGCUCUUGAUAAUGCUGCUCAGCAGGUUAUCUAUCACUUCAACAUUCUCCCUGCAAUUCCACUAGAUGGUGGAGCCACUUAUGCGGAAAUAUCUGCAAAGGUUGGUCUGGCCGAGAGAAAAGUCAAAACAGUUGUGCGUAAAGCAAUGCUAAAUCGGAUGCUGCGAGAGGAUGUUCCGGACCAUGUCGUUCAUACUGCCUCGUCAGCCCUGCUAUUGCGCAAUCAUAACAUGAUGAAUUACUACGGCUUUUUCGUUGAGCAGAUGUUUCCUGCCAGUGCGAAACUAGCCGAAGCGCUGGAGAAAUAUAAAGACAGCACUGCUGCACAAGAUACCGCAUUUGGUCUUGCCUUUAACACGAAAGAUGGCUUAUUCAAAUACCUCGAGCAAAGCCCAGAGUUGAUGGCUCGAUUCGUCGGUGCGAUGGAGGGUGUGAAUAAGGAUCCUAGCCAAAGUCAAAAGCACGUUAUAACGGGGUAUCCGUGGACAGAGCUUGGAGAGGCUACUGUUGUUGAUGUUGGUGGCUCAUCCGGGUUCUUGAGUGUAGAACUUGCAAGAAAUUACCCGAAGCUAAAUUUUGUGGUAGAAGACUACAAGAAGAAUGUUGAGCAAGGAGCUGCCCAGCUGUUAUACGAAUUGACCAAUCGAGUCAAGUUUGUGCCGCAUAACUUCUUUGAUCCCCAGCCGGUAACGGGCGCAGAAGUCUAUGUUUUGCGACAUAUCUGUCACGAUUGGUCUCAUGAGAAUAGUGUCAAAAUUAUUCGUCAAAUUGUACCGGCCAUGAAGCCUGGAAGCAAGAUUUUGCUGGUCGAAAUUGUCGUUUCGCCAUCGAACAGACCAAUGUCGAGUAUUGCUGAACGAUACCUGCGAAUUAGGGACCUUAAUAUGGUUCAAAUGCUAAAUGCACAGGAGCGAAGCGAAUCUGAGUGGAGGGAGAUCAUCACCGAGGCAGAUUCCAAUCUUGAGUUGACACGCAUUCUCACGCCCAAUGGAAGCACAGACUCAAUCAUUGAAAUUUCGUUGAGGCAGAAUUGA